AUGGCCCCGAAGAAAGGCAAGAAGAGCGAGCCGGCCGCGGCGGCUGUACAGCCGCCGGCGGCCGCUGGCGGCCCCGAGGAGGAGGCGGAGGACGUCGAGGAGACGGCGGGAGGCUCAAAGGAGCAGCAGAGGGAGGGCGGCGACGUGGCAAAGCUCACCGACUACGUGGAGCAGAGGGAGAUCGACUCGGCGCGUGCGACGCAGGCCGUCGCGUCCAUCCUGGAGGGCAGCCAGACCGCGGCCGAGCGCGAGGCGGAGAUAGCGCGCGAGCGUGAGCUCGCCGCUGUGCAGGUGGAUGCGGCGGACGUGGCGCUCAUCGUGCAGGAGCUUGAGCUGGAGUCGUCGAUGGCGGAGCGGAAGCUGCGCGAGCACAAUGGCGACGUGGUGGAGUGCCUGCACGCCCUGGUAUCAGAAUGA